UGGGUAGCCUAGACCCGUGGGAGGCAAAGAAUUGGUGGGAGGAAAUAACAGCGCAAUUCAAGAUCCUGGCAUUACCUCACCAGUAAAGGAUAAGACGAGGGAAAGGAAUUGCUACAUAAUUAAAAAGCAAAACCUCUGAACAGAGAGCACAAUCAUGAGAUCAGGCUUGCUAAAGGACUCUAAAACCAUAGUGUGGAUCAUUUAAACAGACAGUAUUUUAGGUACCAAUUUUGAUAAUUCUAUGAAGUUGACAUCUUUCUAUGGAUAAGCAUCUGAAGAGUGCUUCAUUUGACUCAUUGGAUAUGGAUGUAACCAAGGCGGGAAACCUGGUCUGUGAGAGAGUGGCCCCUCCAGGCUCCACAAAGGUAACUCUUAGUGACACAGAUAAAUGGAUGAAGGUAGGAAUGGUUGGACCAAAAGGGAUGAAGUCUCACAAUUGUCCUGAGAAUGCAGCUCGUGAGAGGAGUCGGGUGAAAAACCUGCGAGAGGCAUUCCACAGGUUGCAGGCCGCACUACCCUCUGUCCCUCCAGACACCAAGCUCUCAAAGUUGGAUAUACUUGUUCUGGCCACAAACUACAUUGCCCACCUCACAGAAACAUUGGAUCAGAGCAGGUGCUUCAGUGAUCACACUUUUUCAAGCAAGGCUGGUGGAUUUCUGCAUCCCGUUAAGAAAUGGCCGAUGCGCUCUCUGCUGUAUUGUGGAAGUAUGGACAAAUGGCUUACAGGCAUUCCAGCCAGCCAGGAGACAACCACUGCAUCCCCAGUGACCCCCAAACGUUCAGUGAAUAUGUAAUGCAUUUGCAGUUCUAUCUUAUGUUUGCUUUGCAUACUGGGAAUUCACCACUCACAUUUUCAAAGGAGUUAAUUCAUGGCCCCAAUGGAUGGUUGUGAUCUCAAAUCACUGAACACUAACAAGCAAUAAAACUUUUUGUAUCAUUAAACAUUUACAACCCA